UUAAUUUGUAUUACUAGCCCACUUCCUUGUGUUCUCUUUCCCUCCCAAGCUCUUCUAAACCUUUGUGAAAAUUGUAGUCUACUGAACAAAUGAAUGUGGUUUGUAAUUUUUUUAAUGUUGUUAUGCUUGUUAACACAUGAAACGUUCAUCGUGGAAGGGGGUGGAGUCCAAUUUUUGUAAAAUCAGCUCAUAAAUAGUUAUUAAACUUUCUAUAGGACAAAAGUUUUGUGUGUAUAUUUGGUAGGUAAGUUUAUUUUGUGUCUUUGGUUUUGACAUCUAACUUGGCAACACUGCAAUUUAGCAGCAUCCAGUCGCUGAUGUGCUUUACGCUGCAAAUGGUAUCACAACUCGGUUUCCAGACUUCUGGAGUCCAAAUCACAUCCUGUAGCCAAGUGGGCGGUAGGGUUUAAUUAGGAUGAUAGUCAAAAUACUUGACCCCCCCCUCCAGAUUCCUAAUCAUGAUUGCCCUACCCCCACCAGUUUAGAAGGCAGGGGAAGAAAAUAAACAGAUAGAAAGGCAAUAAUAUUGGGAAAGGCUGAGAUUUGUAGUGUAUGAAACAAAGUAGGCUCCCAGCAAUCCCACAAAAAGCUUGGAUUAUCCCAGACUUAUGCACCCAGUACUCCAGAGGAGUGUCGUCUGCCUAGUACCGAACCAUCACUUCUGCCCCAAUGCUACUUUCUGUGGGUACAAGCAAGAUGCUGUGCAACAAGUGGGCCUGCUGUGGUCAGAUUUACCCACAUCCUUUGCAAGGUUUAUGGCUAUGCUUUUCCCCCUGAGAAAAGUUAAGAUGCUGGAGAAUCUGGAUUCUGCCCCUUGUGCCACUAUCUGCAUUUUUUCUGUUCUUGUACUGAAUUGCAGAAUACAAACCUUCCGUGAUCAUCAGAGGUGGCAGCACAUUUCCUACCUGGCUGGACAGCAAUGCCCGAUGCAGGGAGAUGGUUAUGGAGCACCAGGUUCUGUGAAUAGUCACAGAAUAUUCUCCAAGAGACAAUCUGCUCUGCAUCACACGGCUGUUUGGGACUGUAGUACUUAGUCCUGCCAGGGUCUACACAGCUUGCUUUGACAAAUAAGCAGCCCAGGGGCAAGUCCUGUGGCUUCAGUGGGUAGGCAACAUAUUCAACCUCUUUUUUCCCAUCUGUAAAUUGGAAUUAACAAUGGACUACCUUGCAGAGUUGUUAAGUAGGCAAGCACAGGAAGGAUUGCAAAUUCCUUUGCAAAAUAAAUGUAUUGCCUAUAGUGUGAAAAUAUAUGUUCCCAAGCUGUGUCCACCAGUGGCACCACUUCUCAACAUAAGUGAGAAGCGCCUGGAAGCCUCGCUUAUAAUCCUAGGUGGGAGGAACUCUGCAUAUGCUCAAGUGUUCCCCAUGUUGCGGGCCUGAGAACUGGAUAGGUUCUGAAGUCAAAGGAAGGAACCUGGACUGUGAAUGUUGUUCAAGGGAGGAUCGGUGUCCAUGGCAAGCCAAAAGUGACUCACUCUCUUCCUCCCUCCCUCUCGCUCUUGAUGUGGCUCAGCUUCCUGGCCUGACAAGGAUAUUUCCUCCUCCCCUGCUGAGCUGGCAGCUAUGGAAACGGCAAGCCUUGCUCUCUCAGAACAGACCUUGGCAAAGAGGCCCUGCUCAGACUGGAACGGUUUGCAGUGGUGGGAGCUCACUAGGAUUGCCCCCCGCCCCCAUUGCUCCGCUUUCCAACUUUGGCCAAGGGGAUUUGCUAGAUAAGCAACCUGCUGGUACCCGCAGGCCAGAGGGACAUGAGCUCAGGGACAGUGGCAGUGGCCCCUGUGGCCAAGAACGUGAUGGUGUAUCGCAACGGGGACCCCUUCUUUCAUGGCAGGAAGUUCGUGGUGAGCCACCGGCGGUUCCUGACCUUUGAGGCCUUUUUGAACGAGGUGACCAGCACAAUCCAUGCCCCCAUGGCCAUCAGAAGCAUCUACACCCCCCGGCAUGGGCAUCGGGUCUCCGACCUGGGCGAGCUGCAGAAUGGGUGCCAGUACGUUGCAGGAGGCUUUGAGAGAUUCAAGAGACUGGACUAUCUAAACCCUGGAAUGAAGCAGCUCAAUGGGAACCAGAAGAAAGACAGAGUGCAGAGCUACCCAGUUAUUCCCCAGAAGAUGCCUGUUUCGACACAGUGGAGGAAGCAGGCAAACUUGCCCUGCAUUAUACAUGUUUUCCGCAACGGGGACCUGCUAAGCCCCCCCUUCCGCCUGAUCCUCAACAAGAGCACCCUGCAGGAGUGGAGUGCCGUCCUGUCCAUCUUGUCAAUCAAGGCGAACCUGCGGACUGGGGCUGUUAGAAGGCUCUGCAAGCUCAAUGGCGAUGCCGUCUCCACUGGUGAAGAUCUGGUGAGCGGCAACUACUACGUGGCGGUGGGCCUGGAGAAGUACAAAGACCUGCCCUACUUCGAAUUGCUGGUGCCCCCAAAGAUAACACACCAGCCAAUUCGGGACCACUCAAAUAGCAGAAGAAUGAGCCACAAUCGAGGGUUAGCUAAGCUCCACCUGGCUCCGCUAGAGGGGUCCAGUGACUCAGCACUCCUUGAACCGCCACAACAGCUGAACCUUCGGAGAGUGCAGUCCACAGGGAUUGUGCAGAAGGAGAGCAGCCAGAAUCUUUCCGCGGUGACGCGGAAAGGCAGGAAGCACAUGCGCAAGGAGGCAGACUCCAUCUUCCACGCCAAGCCAGGCCAGGUCGGGCGUAUCAGGAGGAACUCAAACCAGAAUUCUGACCAAGAUGAAGGAAGUGUUUACAAAAUAAAAGGUGUAAGGGAAGAGAUACAGAAUGCCCAGGAAAUCAGAGAUGAUGAAAACACGCAGGUGGAAUUGCCUCUUGACCAGAAAGCUGCAGAGACUGUAGAAGAGGAAGUUGUGCCCAAAAGUGAAGCUUUGCAACGCAGGAAGGUUGAGAAUACUGACAAACUACAGAAGGCCCACACAAUUCAGUGUUCUGCUGGUGACUCACAGGAAGAAGUGACAAGAAAGCCUCCUUUCCAUCCGGCUUGAAGAAACUUUGUUUCACCUGAGAAAAGACUGUGGUAACACAAAGACCCGGCAAGGCUUUUCCUAGAUAUGCGUGUGUGUGAGAUCCUUAAACAACCACAUGCUGGUUUUGUGCAAUCUUCGUCUCAAAUGCUUAUCUUAUGGAUGUUCUUACAAUAAAGAUGUAGCAUUGGAA